CACCAACCUCAGUCAGCCACCGAAGUUCCCGGAUGGAACUGUCAUGGCCGCCGUAGCUGACCUGCAAGGCUGAAGAGAAAAGGAAGCUCGCGUAGUCAUACCCACAUCAUCAACCGGAGAAGUCCAGAUAUUGAUAAGGUUUCCUUGGAUGGGUUAAAGGGAUUUUUGCCCAGUCAUCCUUACAGAGCUCAUCCAAUUGAGUGAUGUUUGAGGGGUCUCUGGCAUGUUAUGUCCGCUUCGGGUCCUGCCACAGCAUCUUGAUUGGAUUCAGGAGCCUGUGUAUUAAAGCAUGGAGCAGGAUCUGCCAACACCAGAUGAUCCUGCUGAAAGCCAUGAUGACAUCAUGGAGACUGAGGAUGAAAAGGAAUUGGCCAAGAACUACACUGUUCAGAUGGCAGAUGCGUUGCCUUGUAGUGAUCAAUAUGACCCUGAUGAAACAUCUGUUGAAGAGUCAGUUAGUCACAAGACAGCCCGAAAAUUACCUAAAAAGUCCCCAUGUAAAAUACAGCAGGGUGCAGUCUUCUCUGGGAAAAUACUUAGCUUUGGAUGUUCCGAGUGUAAAGGUGAUGCUACCUAUAGCCCCAAUGACCUCCUCAAACAUUUUCAGGGGGCCCACAAGGGGACACUGCCGACAUAUCCAUGUGACUUGUGUGGCUUUGUCACAAAUGAGUUCCCUGCUCUUCAGCGGCAUCGAAUUGGCCACCGGAACACUUUAGUCACAUGUGAGAUCUGUAAUGAUGAUGUACAGUACUCUCUGCUCCUGCUGACUAGGCACUAUAUCAUAUCUCACAGCCAGAAUGGCCACUUUCAUUGUGAAAAAUGUGAAUUUUCAACAGUUGAUGCAGGGACAUUUGUGCAGCACAUCCAUCAUCAUAACGAGAAUCGGCUGAAAUGUGUGAAAUGUCAACAUUUGAGCUCCAGCCGAGGGGAGCACCAGAGGCACCUAAAACUUCACUCUGGAACCUUCCCCUUCACAUGUCAGGUCUGUGGAUAUGGGGCAGCACGUAGAGAAUACCUCACAAAGCACAUGGUUACUGUCCAUGGCGAGGACAAUACCCUGACAAACUCCUCUUCAGGAUUAAAACUCCUGCUGAAGAAAAGCCCAGCUGCAGGGAGUCAAUCAAAGGAAUCCCAGUGGAUGUCAAAACUGAAUUCUCUUCCUGGAGUAAGUUUACUUGACCAAAAUGGAAGGUUGUUAAAACCAGAGAAAACAUUAGAGGAAACCCAACAGUUCCUUGAAAGGGCUGUAGGAGUCCAAAAGGACAGUAAGAAGUGGCUUAAAGGUGCUCUUAACAAUGAUCAACAACUUGACUCCCAGGUGGUAUCAUCUUUACCACCACCUAAGUCCCAGGAAAGUGAUGACCGUAAUGGGGCUGAUGCCUUGAACCCCAAUGGACUAACUGUUCUCAUGGUAAAAAAUAAAAUCUCUAUCCCACCAAACUGUACCACAAAAGUAAUGGGGUUCAAAAUGGUAGAUGGCAAAAAGCAUUUAGUCCUCAAAGUUAUACCAACUUCUAAGCCAGAGCCCUCAACAGAAAACGAAUUAUGUACAGAGCAAGAUAUGGGCUGUCCAAUGAUAGACAAUACUUCUGAUGACCGUAAAUGUUCAGACUCUACUGAGAACGGGGCAAAAUCCAGUAUUAGCUCCUCUUACUUGACGAUUCUAAGCCCCUCAGGGCAUGAUCAAGAUGCUGCAGUUUCAGUGCAAGUGAAGUCAGAGGAUGAGGAUAUUAGCAUUGAGGAAACAUUGCCCAUACUUGAGAAACUAGCACAGAAAGCAAAGAACACUGAACAGAAGAGUGAUGAACAACAUAAGUUUAGGGAUCAACAGAUUCUUUCCUUGGCAGUUUCUGGAAUGAUCACCCAAUCUGAAUACUCUACAUUUGGAAACAGUCAAGUGAGUAACCACACAACUUUAAUUGCUGAUCUGUCCGAUGAUUCUAAGUUAGGAGACAAAGUGUGUACUUAUUUAAACCCUAAUGUGAAUGAUGCCAAAAUUCUCACACAUAAGAAAGUAGCCUCUGAAACAUCUUAUGAGACCAAGCUUUCCAAACCAGUCUCAGAUGAAAUAAUCAACAUGCAUGGAGUUGACCUGAGUACAACUUCAGCUGAUAAGAUUAGCCCCCCAAUCACUGAGAAUUCAUUUCUGCCCAAUGGAGAGGCCUUACCUAUCAAUGAUCAACCAAAUGUGACUUCCUCAGAACCAGUGACUGAUGACACGGCACCGUUGGCUGAUACAGUUGAAAGGACCCAUUCAUUUAUCAGUGAUAUACAUCCUUCUCAUUCUACAGAAGAUAACAUUAAUUCCUGUGUGGCUGUUAAGACCACAGCUUCUUCCCUAGGUACAAUGCCCCAAAUGGAGUCAUGUCUGACAAAAUCUGACAACGACAUAGAGAUUGAUACUAAUAUUAAUCAACAAAAUUCUUCCAACCAAGAAGUGUUCAAUUUUCAUAAUUACUCAAAGGAAACAUCAAGCAUUUCCUCUAGCUCAACACAACCAUGUGAACAUACAUCAGAAGAUGAAACUUUUUGGAUGAAGGAAUCACCUGAAUGGAGCUUGACUUUAGCUGAAUCGCCAGAACCACCAAAUGAAGAGUUAGGAAAUCAGGCUGAGACUGCAGAAGGGAUGGAGACUGCAAUGGAAAGAGUGUCAGAUAGUGACAUUGAGGUUGAUGAAUGCAUAGCUACUAUAGAGGAUCUGGGCACUCCAGUCCCAACUGAUGAGAAUCAUGGGGACACUGGGUCUACCCACCUAGUCCAACCUAAAGUAAAAUUGGAGGAAGAGAAUGUUCUUUUAUCAGAAAGGGCAACUGGGAGUAUAAGUAGUUCGUCUGACUUUGGUCGCAUCCUAGAGGAGCAUUCAGAUGCUAUCAUUAGCCACCAGCUUGAGAAAGAUCGAAUAGGCUGCUCAACUGCCAUUCAAGACUCUGUCAAACCACCUAAGACUAUGCUAAGGAUCCUUAAAAUGGCGGAAGGAAAGCAACAAAUGUUCUUACAGACUGCAGAGAACCGGUAUGCUCUACCUGUGCAUCUCCAAGGCAAUCCAGGGUUCAAACUGAUCACCAAGUCCACUGCUCCUCAGAUCAAUGUGUCAUAUGUUCAGCCAGGAAUUGAAUUAAAGAAUAACACCACAGGGCUGGCCCUCACCCUAAAUGAUGGUAGGUUUAGCAUUCCAGGACAAACUGUAGGUGCUAGUGAAAAAGGUACAACACUGUUAUCCUCUGUUCCGCAUGGAGCUGGCACCAGCCACUACCUAGUCAACAGCACAGCUAUUAAAGGUCCCCUGUUCUUGUCAGGGGCAGCUCAUGGUUCUCCUGGAGAAAAGACCAUAAAGUCACAGCAGACGUGUUACUUAGUCCAGAGGCCAGUCCCUGUAGCCCAGGUGCCCCUAAACACCGGUAGCAGAUCAGCAAGCUCAGUCUCUCAAUCCCUACUCAUGUCCCGUCCAGUUCCGGCAACGUCUGCAAAGUCUGUCAACAAAUCUGCUUCAUUGCAAACUGGGCGACAAGCGUUCUUGGUUAGGUAUAUCUCACCAGUUAAGUCAGGAAUGCUUCUGAAUACUCCUGAUGGGAAAUCUGUGAACCAGAAAGGUGAACCUAAUGAAAACAGAGGCAACAAAAUAGUUUAUAAGAUAGUGAGAACUGCCAAUGGUAGUACAUUUCUUGCUAGUGGAGCACCCUCCGCUAACAAUCCCUUUUAUCUGGCCACAAAUUCCACACAAAAGCCAUGUUUUCUUAUGUCAUCGAAUAAUGUCUCUACUGGCGUGAAAAAACUAAUACCCAUAAAAAAUGCCACCCACAAACCUGUCGUGGCCUCCAAACUUUCAAAUGUUUUUUCUCUCCAAUCCAAUGGACAUGAUGGGGUCAGGCAGCAGGCAAGCAUAGAGGGGCUGAAUAAAUCACCACUUGCUCCAAGGCUAAGUCAAAGGAAGAGGCGCAGGAAAGCAUUGUUUGAUGAACUGCCAGAGUGCUUGCCUAAAGCAAAGAGAAUCUCAAACAAGGCGGUUACCGAGAAAGGAGGUCCUUCGCUUUGGGAGCCUGUACCCAAAGAUGCAGAGAGGACAAUGAGACUGUACCCAUUCAGUUCACUACAGGAAAUUAAAUGCCCUCGCCGAAAUCAGCCAGUGGUUGUUCUCAACCAUCCCGAUGCCGAUAUUCCUGAAGUAGUCAGUAUCAUGAAGUCUGUGAAUAAGUACAAAGGAGCUAUUUCCAAGGUGGCACUCUCCCCCAAGACGGUUGAAGCUCUCUCUGAAAUUGACCCUGCCCGACUUCUGGGACAGAGAUCCAAGGCAAAAUGUCCCUCGUCACAAAGCAUUAGUUCAAGACUUCGGCCUUUAGAAAGUAGAGUCCGAGAACGAUUUCUGUUAAAACUCAAGUUUAGAAAGACUAGCAGAAAAAAGUAUAAGGUGGUGAAGUCCUUAUCUAGAGGUGCAGAGAAUUCAUCAAUGUUUGCCUGCUGGUUUUGUGGUCGACUCUUUAACAACCAAGAGGUGUGGAUAGGCCAUGGCCAGCGUCAUCUCAUGGAGGCAACCAGAGACUGGAAUAAGCUGUUUUAAGCUUUCUUCCCCCUGGAUGGACCAAAAAACCGUCCUAUCGAGUGGCAUAAAUUAAGCUAUAAAUGCUGUAUAUUUUUCAAAUGACUUAUCAGUAUACCUUAUUCUUAUAAUGGUUUCUGUUCCCAUAAAUGCCCCAAUAGCUACAAUUUGAAUCACAGUUUUGGAUGUGUGGUACAUGCAGAAACUUUGUGUGUAUAUAUAUGUAUGUAUGUAUGUAUGUAUAUAUAUAUAUAUAUAUAUAUAUG